AUGGAUAAAAAACAAGCAAAUCCAAAAGAUUUAACCAGUCAUACUGUUAAGCAAACGCCUGACUGUAUUUAUGAACGUUUACGUUCUCAAAUUUGUCUUAUUGGAUCAGCUGCAGAAUCAACUUCACAUAUAUUCUUUGUUUUUGGUGCAUCCGGUGAUUUAGCUAAAAAGAAGAUUUAUCCAACACUUUGGUGGCUUUAUCGUGAUGGAUUUUUACCAGAAUAUAUUCGUUUUAUUGGUUAUGCUCGUAGCCAAAUUACAAUUGAAAAAAUCUUUGAAAAUGCUGCGAAAUAUAUGAAAGUUCAAGAAGAUGAACGUGAAAUAUAUGAAAAAUUUGUUGAAAUAAAUUCCUAUGUUGCUGGUUCAUAUGAUAAUGGAAAAGAUUUGGAAAAAUUAAAUACUGAAGCUAAUAAAUUAUCAAAACAAGAAAGUGCACAUCGACUUUUUUAUUUAGCAUUACCACCAAGUGUUUAUGAAAGUGUUACAGAAUUGAUUAGUAAACAUUGUCGACCAAAAUCGCCUGGUUGGUUACGUUUAGUUGUUGAAAAACCAUUUGGUAAAGAUCUUGAAAGUUCAAAUAAAUUAUCUUCACAUUUGAGUAAUUUUUUUACUGAAGAAGAAAUUUAUCGUAUUGAUCAUUAUUUGGGUAAAGAAAUGGUACAAAAUAUCAUUGUACUUAGAUUUGCGAAUCAAAUUUUAUCAAGAAUUUGGAAUAGAGAUUCGAUUGCAUCAGUUAACAUUAUUUUUAAAGAAGAUAUUGGAACACAGGGAAGAGGUGGUUAUUUUGAUGAAUUUGGAAUUAUUCGAGACGUAAUACAAAAUCAUUUAAUGCAAAUUUUAUCAAUUGUUGCCAUGGAAAAACCACGUUCCACGAAAGGGGAAGAUAUUCGUGAUGAGAAAGUAAAAGUAUUACGUUCUGUAUUGCCAAUUAAAAUCGAAGAUGUUGUCAUUGGACAAUAUUUUGGUGAUAAAGAUUCAACAGAUCCUGAACGUCAACAAGGCUAUUUAGAUGAUAAAGGUGUUCCAAAAGAUUCAACAACACCGACAUUUGCACAAGUUGUUCUUUCAAUAAAUAAUGAACGUUGGGCUGGUGUACCAUUUAUUCUUCGUGCAGGUAAAGCAUUGAAUAAGAAAAAAGCUGAAGUACGUAUUCAAUUGCGUGAUGCUCCUGGUGGAAUGUUUGAUGAAGACAUUCGUCAAAAUGAUCGAAAUGGUCAAUUAGCUCGUGAUGAACUUGUAAUACGUAUUCAACCGAAUGAAGCGAUUUAUCUUAAAAUAAAUACAAAACGACCCGGCGAAAUGGGUUUUAGCAUUGAAGAAACUGAAUUAGAUUUAACAUACGGUGAACGUUAUCAAGGUGUUAAAUUACCUGAUGCAUAUGAGCGUUUAAUUCUUGAUGUAUUUAUGGGUUCAAAAAUAAAUUUUGUACGUUCAGAUGAAUUACAAGAAGCAUGGCGUAUUGUCGAUCCAAUACUUAAUGAAAUUGACAAGAAACAAAUACCAAUCAUUCCAUACACAUUUGGUAGUUCUGGUAUAUGCCAAGCAUUCGAAGCAGCAGCUAAACAUGGUUAUAUUUUUCGAGGUACUUAUGUUUGGAAAGAUGAACGAUCUGCAUCAAUAACAAAUAAGGAACAAACAAAAACUGAACUUAAAGAAUGA